GGAUGUGUGCUCAGCAAUAGGAAAUGCUUUAUUAGCUGGGAGUGGUGGAGAAAAGCCAGGCAGGAAGAGGCAGUAAUAAGAAACAUUUUUUUGACUUCUCCCACAUCCAGAUCGCAGCGCGCUUGCCAAACGGCUGCGUUUGGGCAGCGGGGACGCGGAGCGGAGCCCCGGGGUGGGGCCGGGACCCGGGACGGGUGACACCGGGGCCGCGGCGGGAGGUCGGGCGGGGAGGGCAGGGCGCGGACCCAUGCGGCUCCGGCAGGCCGCGGCGCCCGGCACGGAGGAGAGCUGCCCGGGCUGAGCCCAGCGCCGGAGCCGGGCUCGGGGCCGAGUCGCAGCCGCUGGUGGCGAGGAGGAGGAAGAGGAGGAGGAGGAGCGGAGCCGGGGUCGGGCAGCGCUCUGCAGGACCCGCCGGCCGCCCGGGGCUGAUGCUGCCCGGGGAAGGGGCAGAGCUGUAGAAAAAUGCCCCGAGGAGCCGCCGGCGCGGCGCUGCUGGCAAUCCUGACCGUUUCGCUGGGCUUCGCCGCCGGCGAGCUGCUCUGCGCCUGCGACGUGCCGCACUGCAACGUCUCCACGUGCCGGGGGAAGGUGUGCUUCGUCAGCAAGAGCAGGGAGGGCGGCAGCGUCACCCGGCGCAAGGGCUGCUUCUCGCAGCACCUCCUGGAGAGCUGCCGCGGCCCCGUCAUGGAGCACUUCGGCACCAAGUGCUGCAACGCCAGCAUGUGCAACGCCCACCUGGAGAUCUACCUGCGAGGCGAGGAGGCGCCGGGGCCGGCGGCCGCGCUGCCCGGCCUGCUGCUGCUGACCGUCGUGCCGCUGCUGGGGCUGCUGCUGCUGGCGGCGCUCGCCGCGCUCUUCGGCUGGAAGCUGGUGCAGCACCGCCGCGCCGGGGCCCGGGGCCGCGCCGGCGAAGCCGACCUGCCGCUGAAGGCGUCCGUGGCCGGCGACAGCACCCUGGAGGACCUGCUCGGCGACGACUGCACCACGGGCAGCGGCUCGGGGCUGCCCUUCCUCGUGCAGCGCACCGUGGCCCGGCAGAUCGCCCUGGCCGAGUGCGUGGGCAAGGGGCGCUACGGCGAGGUGUGGCGCGGCGUGUGGCACGGCGAGAGCGUGGCCGUGAAGAUCUUCUCCUCGCGGGACGAGCAGUCGUGGUUCCGCGAGACGGAGAUCUACAACACGGUGCUGCUGCGGCACGACAACAUCCUGGGUGAGCGCCGGGACGGGGACGGGGACGGGGACGGGGACAGGGACGGGGACGGGGACGGGACCGGCCGCUCCACGCUCGCCGCCCCCCCGCCGCCAGGCUUCAUCGCCUCCGACAUGACGUCGAGGAACUCCAGCACCCAGCUGUGGCUCAUCACCCACUACCACGAGCACGGCUCCCUCUACGACUACCUGCAGCGCACGGCGCUGGACGGCGCCGGCUGCCUGGCGCUGGCCUCCUCCAUCAUCUGCGGCCUGGUGCACCUGCACGUGGAGAUCUUCGGCACGCAGGGCAAGCCGGCCAUCGCCCACCGCGACCUCAAGAGCCGGAACAUCCUGGUGAAGAGCAACCGGCAGUGCUGCAUCGCCGACCUGGGGCUGGCCGUCAUGCACUCGCAGGGCAGCGACUACCUGGACGUGGGCAACAACCCGCGCGUGGGCACCAAGCGCUACAUGGCCCCCGAGGUGCUGAGCGAGCAGAUCCGCACCGACUGCUUCGAGUCCUACAAGAAGACGGACAUCUGGGCCUACGGGCUGGUGCUCUGGGAGAUCGCCCGGCGCACGGUCGUCAACGGCAUCGUGGAGGAGUACCGGCCGCCCUUCUUCGACGUGGUGCCCAGCGACCCCAGCUUCGAGGACAUGCGGAAGGUGGUGUGCGUGGACCAGCAGACGCCCGCCGUGCCCAACCGCCUCUUCUCCAACGCGGUCCUGUCCGCCCUGGCGAAGGUGAUGAAGGAGUGCUGGUACCAGAGCCCCUCGGCCCGCCUCACCGCCCUGCGCAUCAAGAAGACGCUCAAGAAGCUCAGCCAUUCCCUGGAGAAACCCAAGCAGGAGUGCUGAGCCCCGCCGCGGCCCCCCGGCCCGUCUUCAGUCGCAAAAAAAAAGAAAAAGGCAAAAAAAGCGCAGCUCUUCCAGCCCCUUUAUGAACAUCCCCCCCCCCCGGAUCCGUAACCCGGCGCCGGCCUGUCCCACGACCAGGCAGCACCGGGGCUCUGCCUGGCCCGGCUCCCGGCACCGGUUCCCGGCGGGGCUCGCUCGGGAAGGUCUGUCCAUCCGUCCGUCCGUCCGUCCGUCCGUCCAUCCCCGCCUCAGGCCACGGUGCCCAGCCGCGAUGCCCUCCAGCUCCCCCCCCCGCCCCGCUCCCAAUCCCUGGGGCGCUUCCCAAGGGCUCUGGGGUUUUCCAAGCCACCGGGGAGUUUUCCAAGACGUUUUGCUUUUUUCCAAGAUCUCGGUGUUUUCCAAGGGGUUUUGUUUUUUCCAAGCCACGUUGUUUAUUCCCGAGGCAUUUUGGUGUUUUCCAAGGCGUUUUGGUGUUUUCCGAGCCAUCCCGGUGCUUCCCAAGACGUCCGAUCCGGGGGCCGGGGCUGGGCGAGAGGCUCAGCGCGCCCCGCUCUGUAAUUAUUUAAUUCUCAAGAUUUAAUAUAUUUAAUAAAGCGCAAAGCUGCUUUUAUCUCCUAACAGCCGCACAGCCUCGCCGGCGGGCGCCGCAGCCGGGCCGACCCCACGCAGAGCUGCGGCCCCCCCCUAUUUAUUGCUUGAACACGCGUGUGCCCAGUGUAUCCUGCAAUAAACCUUGCGCCAGCCUCUUCCUGACCCGCUGCUUGUGGGUGGCCGGAGCGGGAUGCGGGGACGUGCCCAAGGCCGCGGCGGCUGGGCGGUGUCGGAGACGGCGCAGCCAAGGAGCCGCCAGCUCGUGCUUCGGGGCCGAUCCCGGCUCUCCUGGGCUUUUCCCAGGGCCGAACGCGCUGCUGGGGCCGGAGCCCGGCGGGGGCCCGGGACGGCAGCGUCGCGCGCGGGGCAGCGCGUUUGCCAGGCGGGGAAUCACGGCGGGGACGUUGCUAAACCGGAUACCCGGGCUCGCCGCGCCUUAUCGGCCGCCGAGCGCCCAGCAGUUUCCUGGCGAUAGCGGCCGAAAACGCCCCCAGAAAGAUGAAAGAGGAACUUGCUCAGAAGAUUUCGUCGAAAUAAGUUCUUUUUUUUUUUUUCCUGCUCUCGGAUAAACUCAUGCGCGACGCUGACCUUU